AUGGGAGACAAGAUUAUUAUAAAAAAUCUUCUCGUACGAAAUGUUACAGGAGUAGACUCCUGGGAACGUUUAAAACGUCAACCAGUUUUGAUUAACUUGACCCUUAAUAAAAACAUUUCUAAAGCUGGAGAAAAAGAUAAACUUACAUACUCCAUUAAUUACGGAACUGUUUCAAAGGCUGUCUCCAAAUUUGCCGAAGAUUCUAUCUGUGAUUCUGUCGAGGUUUUAGCGGAGGGAAUAGCUAAAAUUUGCGUAAACGAAUGUCAUGCACCUCGAGUUACCGUUCGUGUGGAAAAGCCUCGCGCUUUGCUGCAUGCUGCUUCCGCAGGUGUCGAAAUAAUACGUACUAAAGAAGACUAUGAUCAUGUUGGUUCAAAUUCAAAUACACAACCUAAUUAUAUUAAUAGCCAUCAAGAUUUGAUAUUUAUUAAAGAUUUGAGAUUAAGUGCGAUUAUUGGCGUCAAUCCAUGGGAACGUGAAGAAAAGCAAACCGUGAUAUUGAAUUUAACAAUAUAUUCCAAUCUUAAUGUUAAUUCUUCACAAAAUGAUGCCGUCACCAAGCCGCAUAAUUACCGUACUAUUGUUAGAACUAUUUCCAAGUAUGUCGAAGAAUCGACUUAUCAAACUGUAGAAGCAUUCGCUAUAACUGCUGCAAGGAUAGCAAUAACACAAUGUCUAGUUGAUAAAGUUACAGUUCGAGUGGAAAAACCAAGUGCUCUGGUCUUUGCCGAAUCUGCUGGAAUCGAAAUUACUAGAAGUCAGUCAGAUUUUGCAGAUGAGGCCAGACAUAUCUCACAACCUCAAUUAGAUUUUUUAAACGGAAAAAGGUUUAGAAAUUCACGUUCAACGAUUCCUGAACAGGCAGAAGUAAUAAAGUCUACACUCCCCAAAGAAUAUAAGCAUUUUGCUUUUAUUGGACUGGGAUCUAAUUUGGGUGAUCGUGUUAAAAAUAUUAAUGAAGCUUUACAACAAUUAGAAAAAAUAUGUAAAUGUAAAGUAUUGGAUACUUCGUUUUUAUAUGAGACUUCACCGAUGUAUGUAAUAGAUCAACCUAAUUUUUUGAAUGCCGCAUGUAAGAUCGCUACAAAUUUGAAUCCUGAAGAAUUAAUUAAAGAGCUCCAGGCUGUCGAACUAAAUUUGGGUCGAUCCCGAGAAAAUGCUAUCAGGAAUGGACCAAGAACAAUUGAUUUGGACAUUCUGUUCUAUGAUGAUAUUGAGUGUUCAACAGACACCUUAGUAAUACCACAUCCAUUAAUGCAUGAGCGAGAAUUUGUACUAAGACCUUUGUGUGACAUUGCAAAAAGAUUCGAGCAUCCAAAGCUUUAUAAAACAUGUGAACAAUUGCUCUCCCAAUAUUUAAAGUCACCUAAUUAUGAUAAAAAAAAUACUAUCUAUAAAGUCUUACCGAUUCAAAAUUCAAAAUGGAUUUGGAAUUCAAAAACAUAUAUAAUGGGUGUUAUCAACGUAACACCUGAUAGUUUUAGUGAUGGUGGGCAAUUCUAUUCAGUGGAAAGUGCAGUUUCUCACGCGGAAAAUCUAAUAGCGGAAGGUGCUGAUAUCCUUGACAUUGGUGGAAUGUCUACGAGACCAAAUGCUGAUGAAAUUCCCAUCGAAGAGGAGAUUGCACGUGUCAUUCCUGUCAUACAGGCAAUUCGUUCCAAAGGGAUUACAGAUAUACCUAUUUCUAUUGAUACUUAUCGUGCAACAGUUGCUGAAAAAGCGAUAGCAGCAGGUGCCAAUUUAAUAAACGAUGUUUCUGGUGGUCAAUUGGACUCGGAUAUGUAUCGCAUAAUGGCAAAAAUGAAUGUUCCGAUAUGUCUUCAACACACACGAGGGAACUCUAAAACUAUGACAAAGCUUACCCAAUAUGAAGAUAUUAUAACAGAUAUAUGUUCUGAACUUUUUGAGCGGGUUGAAAAAGCUAUCGAAGCUGGAGUCAAACGUUGGAACAUAAUUAUUGAUCCUGGUAUAGGUUUUGCAAAGAAUUAUGAACAGAGUUUUCAAAUACUUAAGCGAUUACAUGAACUUACAGGAAGAAAUAGUCCAUUUGAAGGGUUUCCUUGUCUGGUGGGACCAUCACGUAAAGGAUUUAUUGGCGAUGCAACGAAACAACCGGAUGCAAAGAAACGUGGGUGGGGUAGUGCGGCAGCAUGCACAGCUUCAAUCGCAGGUGGUGCUGAUGUAUUAAGAGUUCACGACGUAAAAGAAAUGGUUGAUGUCGCCAAGGUUUCAGACCGUAUUUGGAGGUGUUCUUUAGAAUAA